UGCUGCCAUGGCCGAUAGUCUAUACAUUAUCUUGCUGCUGUGGACUCUUCGAUGUGCAGGAUCUCUUCAGGUAAAGGAAGAAUCUUCAAUGCUGGUUGCUUUUGCCAAUGAGAUAAUUAAAGCAACCUGCAAAGUUACCUUUGCUUAUACAAAAGAACAUUCAACUUUCAAUAUUAGUUAUUUUUGGAUGAACUUGGAAGGCAAUGAAAUCACUGUGAAUAAAUGGAUAGUCUCUGAAAAGAUUCCAAAAAAUCGUCUGAACGCAACAGUCACAAAGGUUUACUCACUUACCAUAAAUCCUGCUAGCCACAACUCUGUUAGUGGAACCUACUACUGCAAAGCUAAGUGGGAAACAACAACAAAAACAGGAUAUGGGACAUUUAUCCUUUUCAGAGACAAAGGAUAUGAAGAACCCCUUCAUAUCAUGUGGAUGUUACUCAUCACCUUUACCAUUGCUCUGGCAGUUUUGAGCAUCAUGGGAACAGCCCUGCUUUUCUGGAAGAGAGAGGCAAGUUAUCAAACGUAUUCUUACUUGACUCCAUCAUGUUGUACUGGCUACUAG